AUGGCCCUAUACCUUGUCGAGCAGGGCGUCUCCAUCUGGAAUAACGACGGCAAGAGUGGGGAGAAACGAAAGGCGCUUGCUUUGAAUCGCGCGUGCGAAUAUCGAAUGUUGUCCGUCGUCGAACGCAUUAUCUCGAAGCAUUCGGCGGAACUUGGAACAGAGCACUUGGACGAGGCCCUAGACCACGCACACAAGACAGAGGACAACGAUCAUGUCAUCCGAUGUCUUAAGAUACUACGGGUGAUCAUCCAAUAUCUUAACGAGACUGACACGGUGUGA